UAGAGAGAGACAUUAAUGUGCAGUCCACUGAGCAACUGACACGUAGGGGCUCUUAGCAACUCUAAAAUGCCCACAUUUCUGCUCUUUUUAUUGCUUUUUCACUCGACUUUUGAAAAAAUGGCUAACGCGCCACUCGUAAUUAUUUAUAAUCAUUUUCAUCAUCUUCUUGGUUCACAGUCUCUAGAAACCCUAGUUUUUGUCUAAUAACGCUGCAAGUGGAAGUGGGACAAUGCGAUUAUCGGGAUGGAGUUCUGGAAACAGCUCUGCCUCGAGCACGGCAUCAGUAAAGAUGGUAUCCUCAGAGGACUUGGCUAGCUAUCACCAGGGGAAAGGUGUUGAAGAGGAGGAGAUCAUGGAUAUGAUUGAUCGAGAAGCUGAUGGAUAAGUGACAGCCUUGAGGGUUUUGUUCUCUGCCUCUCCAUUGCUGGUGGCACCGGCUCAGGCAAAUGUUAUUCGCAAAACUACCGUGCUGGAUGUUACGAGAAGGCUUCUACAGAUGAGCUGUUGGCUUUCUCCAUCAUUUUCUCGAAAUUUGAAUAGGAUGUUCUUCUAACAUGAUUGUAUUAGCAGACAAAGAAUGUCAUGGUGUCGUCUUAUGCUAGAAACAAAGAAGCUAGCCAGGCAAAGUACAUAUCUAUAUUGAAUAUUAUUCAAGGAGAAGUCGAUCCCACUCAGGUGCAUGAGAGUUUGCAGAGGAUUCGAGAAAGGAAGCUUGUUAACUUCAUUGAGUGGGGACCUGCAAGCAUACAGGUUGCACUUUCCAAGAAGUCCCCAUAUGUUCAAACUGCCCAUAGGGUGAGUGGUCUUAUGUUAGCAAGCCACACGAGUAUCAGGCACCUUUUCAGCAAAUGUUUUAGCCAAUAUGAGAAAUUGAGGAAGAAGCAAGCUUUUCUUGACAAUUACCGAAAGUUUCCCAUGUUUGCUGACAAUGAUCUUUCAGAGUUUGAUGAAGCAAGGGACAUAAUUGAGAGUUUGGUAGAUGAAUAUAAGGCCUGUGAAUCACCAGAUUACAUCAAAUGGGGAAUGGAGGAUCCUGAACAGCUUUUAACUAGUGAAGGCAAUGCUUCUGGUGUUGUGGAUCCUAAUUUGGCAUUCUAAAUAUAAUAAAGAUAGGUCCCAAUAAAUAUAUGAAAAUCCAGAGUAAAGGUAUGAUGUUGUACCUUUAACUGAGAUUUUUCAGGUCAUCAUAUGUUUGCUUUAGAAUGGGUUUUGGUAGGAUGAGUAGUAAACUAGAAAAAGAGUGUGGCAGGUAAACCUUAAAUGGUAUUAAACUAUUAGUAAU